AUGAAGCUCAAAUCAUUCAUCUCUCUUCUGGGUAGUAUACCCCUAGCAUCAGCCUGGCUGCCUACAGACGAAGGCCGAAACCUUACAACAUUUGACAAAACUGGCACUUCCAAGAUCCGAGGCGUCAACUUGGGUUCCUCAUUCAUCAUCGAGAAAUGGAUGGCGAGUGGCGAGUGGAAUGAUAUGGGGUGUGGUGAUUACAACAGUGAGUGGGGAUGUGUGCAGGGUAUCGGCCAAGAUGCAGCCAACACUGCCUUCAAAAAGCACUGGCAGUCUUGGAUCACCAAGGACGACAUCACAAAGAUGGUAUCGUACGGUCUGAACACCAUUCGGAUCCCGGUCGGAUUCUGGAUGAACGAAGAUCUCAUCGCGGAUAAUGAGUACUACCCGCGCAACAAUGCCCUCGAGGAUCUCACCAAUAUCUGCCAGUGGGCCGCUGAUGCGGGUAUGUAUGUUGUCAUUGACACUCAUGGCUUGCCUGGUGCUCAACAGGCUCAGCAGCCUUUCACUGGACGUUAUGCCAGCUCCCCUGAGUUCUAUCAAAAUGACGGUAACGCUGAGCGCGCGUACAAGUUCUAUGAGUGGAUGGUCGAACAGAUCCAAGGCAGCGAUGCGUUCAACACUGUCGGUGCCCUCGAACUUGUCAACGAGCCUCUGCAAAAUACAGAGAAUGGAAACACGAACUGGAUGGUUGAGCACUUUUAUCCAUCCGCCAUCGACAGGAUUCGCGCCAAAGAGAAGUCCCUGGGCGUCUCUGCAGAUGAUGCGCUGCAUAUCACCGUCAUGGACGAUAAAUGGGAUUCGGGUGGUAAUCCCACUCGCUCUUUGAGUGAUGAUCAAAAGGAUAGGCUUCUCUUCGAUGACCACAACUACGAGAUUUAUCUCGUGCGCGAUGCCCAGUCAAAGGCUGACAUGAUUCAAGAUGCCUGUGGGGACAAUCGUCAGUCCGAUGUUAGCCCCAAGGUCCUUGGGGAGUGGAGUCUGGCGUUCAACAACCAAGGAGAAAACUUCUUGCCGAUGGCUGACCAUGCUUUAUCAUACUCGAAAUGGUUCUCAGCGCAGCAGAGACAGUAUGAGGCAUUGGGUGGAUGGAUCUUCUGGACUUGGAAGACGGAUGAGAAUCUGCCUAAUGUCGAGCAGUGGAAUUAUCAAAGUAAGUUGCUUUCUUUCUCUCCGUUGCGACGAAUGAGAUGUUAA